GCGGGGCCGCUGGCGAGGCGCUCCCGUGGCUGCCGCGGGCCGAGCUGCCUGCGCUGCUGCCGGUGUGCGGCGGGGCCGGUUAACUCUCGCUAACGAAGAAGAAAAGUCUCCGUCUCAGCGCCGUUGCUCCAGCCUCGGGCUCUGGGUCAGGAUGCAGAGAGCCUCGCGGCUGCAGAGGGAGCUUUCGCUCCUGGCCACGGAGCCGCCGCCGGGCAUCAGCUGCUGGCAGCACCGCGGGCAGCUCGGCGACCUGCGAGCACAGAUUUUAGGGGGCGCAGACACAGCCUACGAGAAAGGAAUCUUCAGCCUGGAGAUCACUGUUCCGGAGAGGUACCCAUUUGAGCCCCCCAAGAUUCGCUUCCUGACCCCAAUCUACCACCCCAACAUCGACUCUGCUGGAAGGAUUUGCCUGGACCUGCUCAAGUUACCCCCAAAGGGUGCAUGGAGACCUUCCCUCAACAUCUGCACACUGCUGACCUCCAUCCAGCUGCUGAUGGCAGAGCCCAACCCUGACGACCCUCUCAUGGCAGACAUUUCCUCAGAGUACAAAUACAACAAGCAGCUGUUCCUGCAGCAUGCCAGGGAGUGGACACAGAAAUAUGCCAGCCAGCAGGCCAGGGCUGCGAGGCCUCUGGAGGAGAACACAAACCACAGUGCCACGAGCCCCAGCGCUGGCACUGCCACGCAGAAACGCAAGGGGAGGGACAGCAGCAAGGAGGAGAAGCCUCACCUGGACUCCUGAGGGGCUGCUGCCAGCCUGCAGCCUCCCCUGCUCUGCACAGCUCCUGCCCUGUUGGUGUUUUCUUCCCUGGGUUUGGGUUUUUGGGUGUGGAAAGUUCCACUCCAUAAAUAAAGCUCAGUUUGGGUUUA